UCAGGAAUACCUGCACUCCGCCUCUUCUUGCUCUGCCUCUCACCAGUCCCUGGUUCCCAAACUGCAGCCACUGAACCUGCAGUGCCGUGUGAACUGCUGGAAGCGUGUCAGGAACGUGGCCUUGAGGAGACGGCUUGGGGUUAGUGAGAUCGCCCACAGGACCACGCUUUAUCACUUUGGAGAGCCAUGUGUAGAUUCCUCAAAUGCUUCGCGCCAAGGGUGUGAGAGGACCUCCGCCAGCACCUCUCAGUUCAAGUUCUACAUUUGUAACAUCAUCCACUUACAAGACCAUUUCAAGAACUGACAUCAGUUUUCAUACAGCUUAAAAGAAAGAGGAGAGACGCAAAGCACAGAGAGCAGCAGAUCAGACCACACCGAACUCCACUGGAGCGUCGGAGCCGUGGAGGAUGCUGGCUGCCGAGCUGCAGAGGAGGCCCCCGCUCUGAGGGGGCGAGCAGGUCUCACUGAGACAGCUUCCGCCCCUCCCGGGCUCACCAUGGCCUGCACUCUCUGGCUGGACGGCUGAGGUGACUGUGUGCCCCAAGUGUGCACGUGCUGGACUGGGUGCUGUCCCAGGUACCGCCUGCUCUCUGGGAGCAGGGCAGGUGGGCAUCAGAUGCUACCCAGAGCUGGACGGGGCAAAGCAAUGGACUCCGACAAGCUAAGAUGGAAGUGACCUGAGGCCUUGCCCAGGCGGUUUCCUCUUGCCAGGACAGCUCAAUAGUCGGAGCACAGGCUUGUCUGGGGAGCAGUAUGCAGGAAGCUGGUUUUCAGGCCACAAAUGCUUUCACAGAGUGCAAAUUCACCUGCACCAGCGGUAAAUGCUUGUAUCUUGGUUCACUGGUCUGUAACCAACAGAACGACUGUGGGGACAACAGUGAUGAAGAAAACUGUCUCCUGGUGACAGAACAUCCACCUCCGGGCAUCUUCAACUCGGAGCUGGAGUUCGCCCAGAUCAUCAUCAUCAUCGUGGUGGUGACGGUGAUGGUCGUGGUCAUCGUCUGCCUGCUGAAUCACUACAAAGUGUCCACGCGGUCUUUCAUCAACCGUCCGAGUCAGAGCAGGAGGCAAGAGGACCGGCUGCAGCAGGAAGGGCGCCUGUGGCCUUCAGACAGCUCUGGUCCUCAGCCUGGUGCCUCGGAGAUCAUGUAUGCCCCACGGUCUCGGGACAGGUUCACUGCCCCGUCCUUUAUCCAGAGGGACCGGUUCAGCCGCUUUCAGCCCACCUACCCCUACGUGCAGCACGAGAUUGACCUUCCCCCCACCAUCUCCCUGUCUGACGGGGAGGAGCCGCCUCCUUACCAGGGGCCCUGCACCUUGCAGCUCAGGGACCCCGAACAGCAGAUGGAACUCAACCGAGAAUCUGUGAGGGCCCCGCCCAACCGGACCAUAUUCGACAGCGAUUUGAUAGACAUCUCUGUGUACAACGGGGGCCCAUGCCCGCCCAGCAGCAAUUCGGGCAUAAGUGCCAGCACCUGCAGCAGUAACGGGAGGAUGGAGGGGCCACCCCCGACCUACAGCGAGGUGAUGGGCCACUACCCAGGAGCCUCUUUCUUCCAUCACCAGCACAGCAACACGCACAGAGGGGGCAGACUGCCACUUCAGCACGACAGCGCGGGGAGCACGGCGGUGCCCAUCCAGGGCAAGGACAGGAAGCCUGGGAAUCUCGUCUGAUCCUCCAGCAUGCGUUUGAGUGGAGAAGAAACCGAGGACGGAGGAGGACUGCUCAGCUCCUCCGCUCCCGGGCACAGUGUUGUUCAGUUUUACGUGCGACAACUAAGUAAAACCAAAUAUGCAAAUGU